GUCGCGAUGUGUUCGAGAUAGUAAUAAUUUAAAUGACACUGUUAUUUUAUUGCUUUUCUUGUAUUGUUGUAAAAUUCGUAAAUUCAUAAGUUGAAGAAAAAGGAGGUGCUUGAAUAAUUCAUAGUCUUAUCUCAUAGCUUGAUCAAUAUGGGUACAUUGAUGAAAACAAGAGGUUUGCGAAUGUCUGCGCAAAAGCAGGAAACGCUUUUGAAGUUAACUGUGCUGUCCCUUGCAGCAAUUUUAUCAUUUGCAACUAGAUUGUUCUCGGUCCUAAGGUUCGAGAAUGUUAUUCACGAAUUCGAUCCAUAUUUCAACUAUCGCACAACAAAGUAUUUAGCCGAAAAUGGAUUUUAUAGUUUUCACAACUGGUUCGACGAUCGCGUCUGGUAUCCUCUCGGUAGGAUAAUCGGAGGAACAAUAUAUCCAGGAUUAAUGAUAACAUCAGCAGCAUUAUAUCGUCUUUCAUGGUUACUAAAUAUUACAUUAGAUAUACGUACUAUUUGUGUCUUCCUUGCUCCGUUAUUUUCUAGUUUAACAACGCUCAUUACUUAUUUACUCACGAAAGAGUUAAAGGAUCCUGCAUCGGGAUUGUUUGCUGCAGCAAUGAUAGCAAUUGUUCCUGGUUAUAUAUCACGAUCUGUAGCAGGAUCAUAUGAUAAUGAGGGCAUAGCUAUAUUUUGUAUGCUAUUUACAUAUUACAUGUGGAUCAAAGCAGUGAAAACAGGAGCAAUUUGUUGGGCAACUUGUGCUGCACUUGCAUAUUUUUACAUGGUCUCCUCUUGGGGUGGCUACGUGUUUUUAAUUAAUCUAAUUCCAUUACACGUGUUAACCCUAAUGGUUACUGGCAGAUUUUCUCACAGGAUAUACACAGCGUACAGUAUUUUAUACUGUUUAGGAACAAUUUUAUCUAUGCAAAUAUCGUUCGUGGGUUUCCAACCUGUUCAAAGUUCGGAACACAUUCUUGCAUUAGGAGUGUUUGGACUCUGUCAGAUACAUGCCCUAGUUGAUUACUUGCGCAGUAAAGUAUCGCAGGAUGACUUUGAAGUACUAUUUCGUGGUCUUGUUGUUUCAGUAGUUAGUACUUCGUUUAUUUUAGGGAUUAUUUUAACCAUUACAGGAAAAAUAUCACCGUGGACUGGACGUUUCUAUUCACUUUUGGAUCCAUCUUAUGCAAAAAAUCAUAUACCAAUAAUUGCUUCCGUCUCGGAACAUCAGCCAACGUCGUGGAGCUCCUUUUAUUUCGAUCUACAAAUACUAGUGUUUCUGUUUCCUUCUGGAUUGUACUUUUGUUUCUCAAAAUUAACGGACUCUAAUAUUUUCCUUAUUUUAUACGGAGUUACGAGUUUGUAUUUUGCCGGCGUAAUGGUUCGUCUAAUGUUAGUUCUUGCUCCUGUAAUGUGUAUUCUGGGUGGCAUCGGGGCCUCGUCUUUGCUUCUUACGUACAUGAAACAAAUAGAAAGUGUAAAAGUUAGUGAUAAGAAAUCAAAAAAAUUUGAAAGUAAUUAUGUACUCAGAAGCGAGAUUGCUACACUUUUCAUAACAGUGAUGUGCAUUCUAUUCUUUUCGUAUACCAUUCAUUGUUCGUGGGUUACAGCAGAAGCCUAUAGUUCACCCAGUAUCGUAUUAUCUGCUCGUUCUCCGGACGGUGGCCGAAUGAUUUUCGAUGACUUUAGAGAAGCAUAUUAUUGGCUACGCAUGAAUACACCAGAAAAUGCCAAGGUAAUGUCUUGGUGGGAUUAUGGAUACCAAAUUACGGCAAUGGCAAAUCGUACAAUUUUAGUAGACAAUAAUACGUGGAACAAUACUCACAUAUCAAGAGUCGGUCAAGCAAUGGCGAGUUCGGAGGAAAAAGCAUACGAAAUAAUGAAAGAACUAGACGUAAAUUACGUUCUUGUAAUUUUUGGAGGACUUACGGGCUAUUCGUCUGAUGACAUAAACAAGUUCCUAUGGAUGGUGCGCAUCGGCGGAAGCACCGAAAAAGGCAAAUCUAUAACGGAAUGGGAUUAUUAUAACUCUGCAGGGGAGUUUAGGGUCGACAAAGAAGGUUCUCCAAUUUUGCUCAACUGUCUUAUGUACAAGAUGUGUUACUAUAAAUUCGGUCAAAUUUAUACCGAAGGUGGCAAACCUUCCGGCCACGACAGAGUUAGAAAUAUGGAAAUUGGUAAUAAAGAUUUUGAGCUGGACAUGUUGGAAGAAGCUUACACCACGGAACAUUGGCUAGUACGAAUUUACAAGGUGAAAGAUCUAAGGAAUAGAGGAAUUUGAGAAGCGUAGACUAAUAACAAGAAAGUAGUGCUAUCAAAACUUUGUAAACUAUUUCAUAAUUUUGCUCACUUAUAAGUUUUAUAAUUGUUUAUGAGAUAUCAAUGUGGCACUAAAUACAGAAUUACAUAUUUCCAUGAACAUCGAGCGCAUAAUUGAAACUAUUAUAAAAGACAUACUCGAACCUCAUAUACAUUCAUUUUAGUAAACGUAAUUAUCGAUAUUAUACGAUGAUUCAGUUCUAGAAGCAGUCUGUAUAUUGAUCGAUAAAAUCAAACGGCAUAUUUAUUUUAAUAUUGUCCCUAAUAAUAUACCGUUAACUUCUAACUUAAAGAAUAUUAAAGUAUAGCUUUUUUUAUACUGAAUAUUUUUAAACAAAGC